CGGGAGCGGUGGAGGCGCGGGCGGCUGGCGCUGAAAGGGGCGGUCAGCGAGCCGCUCCGGUCUCUAAGGCGAGGCUUGGCCUCCCGUGCCGAGACGGGGCGAAGCGGCGGCAGCGGCGGCCCUCGGGCCGGCUGUUGAGGCGAUGGCGGCGCCGGGCCCGGGGGCUGGGGCAGCCUCGGGCGGCGCAAGUGGCGGCGGCGCGGGCGCGGGCUCGGGCUCGGGCUCGGGGUCCUCCGGGGCCGGCGGCCGGCUGCCCAGCCGGGUGCUGGAGUUGGUGUUCUCCUACCUGGAGCUGUCCGAGCUGCGGAGCUGCGCCCUGGUGUGCAAGCACUGGUACCGCUGCCUCCACGGCGACGAGAACAGCGAGGUGUGGCGGAGCCUGUGCGCCCGCAGCUUAGCAGAAGAGGCUCUGCGCACGGACAUCCUCUGCAACCUGCCCAGCUACAAGGCCAAGGUACGUGCUUUCCAGCAUGCUUUCAGCACGAAUGACUGUUCCAGGAAUGUCUACAUCAAGAAGAAUGGCUUCACGUUACAUCGGAACCCCAUCGCUCAGAGCACCGAUGGUGCAAGGACCAAGAUUGGUUUCAGUGAGGGCCGCCACGCCUGGGAAGUAUGGUGGGAGGGCCCUUUGGGCACUGUGGCAGUGAUAGGGAUUGCUACGAAACGGGCCCCCAUGCAGUGCCAAGGCUAUGUUGCCUUGCUGGGGAGUGACGACCAGAGCUGGGGCUGGAAUCUGGUGGACAAUAAUCUACUACAUAAUGGGGAAGUCAAUGGCAGUUUCCCACAGUGCAACAAUGCACCAAAAUAUCAGAUAGGAGAGAGGAUCCGAGUCAUCCUGGACAUGGAGGAUAAGACUUUAGCUUUCGAACGUGGGUAUGAGUUCCUGGGGGUUGCCUUCCGAGGACUUCCAAAGGCCUGCUUGUACCCAGCAGUCUCUGCAGUAUAUGGCAACACAGAAGUGACUUUGGUGUACCUUGGAAAACCUUUGGAUGGAUGACAGUGGCUUUCUGGGAAGGAGGACAGUGGAGAAGAGAUCUGCUUGUGGGAAGUGGAACCAUGAAGUGAUAGUAUCAUGUGUGCAUGCCCAAGAAACAUCCCGAGAACACAUGAAGUUGAGAACUGGAGAAGCAGCUCUGCAGCAGACGUGAUCGCAGUGUUCCCUCUCUCCACUGGGCCAGAAAAUCCUCAGGGUUGCAGUGGGCUGAGUGGGCAGUUGACAUGCGUGUUGCCGCAGUGAGCAGUGUGUCGCUUCCAGCUUAGAGGUGAGCGCCUAGAGGUGCUAUAGGAGGGAAUCGCAAGACUGACUUGUGGUGUUCAUGGAGAAGGCUCCGUCCCAUCUUACAACUGCCUGUUUUUUCUCCGGUCCCUUUAUUUCCAGCCAGCUUGACUUUAGAAAGUAUGAAACUGGCUGGGUUUUAUUUAAUAUUUUUAAUAUAUUGAGAAGCAUGGUCUGCCUGGACUGCACUUCUCUAGCAACGAGAAACAAAAUUGUGCAGCUAUUUUAAAAGUUGUAUAUAUAAUGUGUGUAAAAACUGUAAAGAAAAAGAAAAAGGACAAAGGAAUUGCUUUGUUCUAGUUCAAUUUCUUAAAAAAAUCACUACAUGGUACAAAAUUAAGAGUGACAUUUGGGGACAGUAUGGUAACACAAGAAGAGGAGACAUGUUAUGCUGAGUCAUUUGAUAAUGUUUUGGGCUUAUAGUCCAUGGCUCUAACAAUUAUGAUAAAGGUUCCUCAAUUGGCUGACGACUGGGAAAGCAGACCUACUUAUAAUUAUGCAUAUGCUAGCAAGGCUGAUACAAACGUAAUAGGAAUGUGUGUCCCUUGGCAUCUGGCUUUAGUUUUGGCCCUCUGAGAAGAGUGGUCUCCACACAGAACAGUCCCAGCUGCUCUCACAGGACUCAGUAUGGGCACCAUUAGCAUAAACCCUAGGAGAACACAUGGUCAGCGGUUCCUUUAUUUCCUAACUUUAUAAUGCUGUAGAUGUUAUGAAGAAUUUUUAAUUUCAUAUUGUUUACAUUAUACAACAAUCGAAGCCUCAAAGUCUCCACUGGGGCUGUCAACAAAAUGUUUACUUACCCAUCUGAUCAGGGCCUGAAGCAGGGAAGGCUAUUUAUCCUUAGUCACCUAGGCAUUGCCCCAUGGGACUUAACGCUGAAUGCUGCAGGUUGGCAACAAAUUG